UUCUCAUAUAGCUUAUCUCUUAUCUAACAUUCUGAAAUUCGACACAGCUACAUACAUAUGUUAUCAAUACCGGAAUUGGAACGACUGGAUCGAUACACAUUUACGUAAAGGCGCAAGUAUCAUUGGAUUGGGAACCAUUUUUCCUAGAUGUAUACAUCCCAUUGAACUAUUGAUUGUACGAGUUUCACUAUAGACUGUCCUAUCAACAUACCUAUUUGCAUAAAAUGAUAGCCGUUUUCGUUGUUCGGACUAAACUCAAAAACCACUGAAUAGAGUUCCGUUGGAUUGUCGGAGGUUUUCUUACAUACAUAUAUGGGCCUAUUACAUGCUACUAGAAACAUCUCUAGGUGGUGCCGGAGUAGAAUUAUUUAUAAAAAUCGUAUUUAUUAACCGAUUUCGUUCAAAUUUUAAAUGUGAGCCAUGUACCUGUAUGAUGGAAAAUUCUUUUGAUAAAAAUUUACCCGAUGAGUGCCGCUGGAGCCGAGGGUGAAAUUCAUAACACGUAUUCAUUUUAUGUUUUCAGAUGUCUAAAUGAAGGAUGGGGUUAAUAAACCUAGAAAUCAGUUCAUAAAUAUACCCACGAAUUGUAAGAGUGGCGAAUUAACAAGUGAAGAUCGCCGUAGGUAUAUCAAUUGAUUCAUUUGAAAGAUAUUCGAGACAUCACACGACUUAUUUAGCCAAUUAGCCGGACAAGUUUUCAUCCUGUGAGACAGCAAUAUUCUUGGCCCUCUUAUAACAAUGCACUUCUGUGCUCUUGAGUUCCUUAUAAGAUUUUUUAUAGGUAUAUGAAUCGUACCAAUGUUAUCACAGAAAAAGAUUACGCAUGCUUGGCGGAGAUCUCACAAGUGGAAAUAAGGCCGUCGGUAAAGCUCAUGACACCGAAAGUGAUUGGUAUUCCAUAUGGUAUCACAGCGUUACUAUUAUUGGCCUAUGUACUGUUGUUGCUUUUAAACGCUCUUUUGAAUUGGCCAACGAAAAAGUUCUUAUUAGGCACCGCGAAGCAAGUGGGCAUUGAAAAUAUCAUCUUCGUCAACGGAUUGACAGCAACAGGGAAUAUUCGGGGCAGAUUUACCGGCUUUUGCGCAAAUGAUAGCUCCGCUGGCUUCGUCAUGCCUAGGGAUGGCAGCGAUUAAUCAUUUGAUUAAAUUAAUUGAU